GCCUACAAGCAACUAUUCAAGAUGUGGCACACGUUUUUAUGCACGUUGACGUGCAAACCUACAGCUACUUUAAAGUUGGGCGGCGGCGGCAUGGAUCUCAUUUCCUGAAUUCCCCGAUCUCUGUCGAUGGAGGGCGCACUAAUUUCAGCAACUUUUAAAGUUCGUGUACGUACACAUGUAUGUGUACGUACAUGUACGUGCACGUGUACGUGUUGCGUUGGCCACAUGCACACUGCAUGCAGUACACGUCUGCGGUGUUACUCCGUCAUUAAACGUUUCCAUCUGUUGUCACGUCACACACUUCGCUAGCACACAAACCUACUGUAGUCUUGCUCCCAGCUGAAACCCCUGACUACAGUGGCGUCAAUCUGUGUUGGAAAUUGAGGGGAAAGGAUGUGGCAUGGCUCGAUAGCUCUUUACAGGCAAGCAUUUAGACCCAAUGGCAGAUUUCCUUACGUUAGUUGCUGCUUACAUGGUGUUCUUCACGUUGGCAAGCUACAUCAUUCUGUGUGGGGAUAGUGAAUUUCACCGCCAUGGCGUUGUAGGGAAGUUACGAAGGGGACUUGUACAGAUUAUAGCAUUCCUAUUUUACCGCUGUUUUCCUCGGCGUUUGCAGGAUCUUAUUGGUGACGUCAUCACAUACAUCUUUUAUAAAAGGCCGGGAAUCGAACCCGGUACCACAGAGUGGAAGGUGAGCACAGAACCAUUAUGCCAACCGGACUCCCAAAUGUCAUCUUUACUCCUGCGCGUGUAUAUCUGUCUGGCUUGCCCACCAGCUUAUUGCGACCACUGCGUCUAUCGCUUUGACCACCACUGCUCCUGGGUCAACAACUGUAUCGGGGGACGCAACGCUCGCUAUUUCCUCCUCCUGCUUGCUAGCAUCACGCUCCUGACCAUGUACAUGUCGUACGUCAUCGGCCGCGUCCUGCAGGGAAUUGCAGCCAGGUCUGGCAUUUGGCAGGCAGGUUACAUAGGGAAGGACGGACAAUAUCAUCAGGUCAACUCACGCAUUGUCUUCCAGCACCUGUUCAUGCAAUUACCGGCGCCGGUUUUCCUCCUGACUUCCCUCCUUCUUCUGGGCGUCCUCGUUUACCUCUUCCUGUCCUACCAUCUCUUCCUCCUCCUCUCCAACCAGACCACCAACGAGAGGUACAAGUGGUCCAGGGUCGAGGUCGGAGUCGCCAAAUCGAAAGGGUUCAGGCCGUCGAAGAGGAAAAACGAAGGGGGAUGUGGUCACAGGGGAGAGGCCUUAUCACAUCAAAGAGACUGUCUCGUGCCCGGAAGGGCCUUUGACAGGGGAUUCGUGCAAAAUAUAUCAGAGGUUAUUUUCCCACCUUUAUGAUGUCAUGUUAGCUCAGCUACAUGUAAUGCCGUUACACAUAUCUCAUGCCAUCUGUUUAGAGUUUCACUUGUGUUUGAUUUGUCAGUAGUUUGUUUCUGUCAGAGACUUUGAUCAAGCUCUAAGAGACUGAAUAACAUUCAACAGAUAACCCACAUAUGUGAGCACAGAAAGUAGAUGCAAAGUAAUGCGUGAAAAUGCCAUGACCAGCACGUCCCACCCCUUUUGUUGGGGUGGGGGGUGGGAACAGUUUCCUUUCCUGGAGUGCUCAGGGAAAGUUUGUCCCAACUUACGGGAAUUUCCCACAUUGAAGUACUACUAAACCAGAACGCAAGGUGUUUUAUGCUUUGUAAUGCUUGGUUCAUUACAAUAUGUGACCACUCUGUUUAAAAGGGUAUUAUGGGACACAGUGUAAUUUCACACUGAGGGCUUAAUGUGGACAGGGUGAUUUUUUUACUGCUUGGUUUAUUGGCUUCUAUUUUAUCAGUUCACAAUUCAUACAAGA